CAACACUUUUUUUUUUCCCUUUUUUGCUUCGUUCUUAUUACCUGUUUUGACGGCCUUGCUGUACAACGUCUUCAAAGAAGCCCAUUUCCGAUCUCCGCUCUAACAACAAAGAUCAGGAAAAUGCUCUAUUUUUGUCCUGCCUGUGGCAAUCUGCUCACCGUUGCACCCGCGCCUCCGGACGUUGCUGGAUCUGCCUUCGAUGACUCCGGUGCCCAGAACCGCAUGACCUGCCGCACUUGUCCCUACGUCCGCGUCCUCCGGAAGUCAUACGUUGACAAGAGAGAGCUGCCGCGAAAGGAGGUCGCGGAUAUUCUCGGCGGUGGUGAUGAAUUCCAGAACUGCAGCACGACAGAAGCAAGCUGUCCGAACGAGAAAUGCGACGGCUCCGAGGCCAAGUUCUAUCAGCUUCAGAUUCGUAGUGCAGAUGAGCCUAUGACCAGUUUCAUGAAGUGUGUGCGCUGUGGGCGCAGAUGGAUGGAAUGAUCGUCUCGAGCACAAUUCAUUUACUUUGCGCGGAGUUCAAAUUGGCCAUUUUAACAACAUCACGAUACCCAUACAUGGCGCAGACCCGGCGGUGGCAUUCAAUAAGUUGACAGAUCAAAGAGCAGAUGGUAUUCAUCAACCAAAAAAAAAAGAUUUUUGAAUUCCAUUUGGUUUCUUUUAGCCUCUUUCCAACGCUAUUACGCUGUUGACAAUUUGCAAUUCGACGCCCUUCUGCCAUGUAGGUUGCUUGAUGGAGGUUCCAGAGUAGUCCCUGUCUCAUAUUGUGAUGCUGGCGGCACGUAUGAUGAAUGAGUCGGCGCCUGAUUCGUUGACGGGGCCGGAAUGUUCAUUUGAGACGGUGGAGAAAGCUGACUUGUCGUGGUUGUUGUAUACGUAGCUGUAAUUGUAGGCUGUGGAACUGCUCCAGGCUGAGGUGGUGAUGGACCGAACGAACCUCCUGCCACACGCGUUGGAGCUGGCACCUGAGGGCGAGCUCCAGUUUGUGGAGCCGGAGGAUCUGAAAGAUUUGUGGGCGGUUGAUUCGUUGUUUUCGUUGGCGGUGGGCCAGAUGCUUCUUCCGGCUCAGCUGUCUUUGGUGUGACCCCCUCCGGAUGCAAUGGCGCGUCAGCGUAGAUUUUGAUGGGGGGCAUCAUGUCGGUGUCUCGACAGCACAGGGAAAUAUGGAAAGAAGUUGAAAAGCGAAGCUCUCAGUACCCUGGGGUAGAUGCAGACAGUUGCAACCGUAUCUGCAGGUACGGAGCAGUCGAUUAACGACUGCAGCCUUGUGGUGUCGCGUAAGUUAAGGUCAACUUAGUGAUGUAGAAUGACGUAACUGCUCAACUUCUCUCAGACAACGUUUGCAUCAGAGUCAUUGCAAAGUCCUUGAGCUGAAUUCUUCCAUUAGCACUAGUUAACGUUGUCCGGCUUAACCUCAUUCUAAUUCAAAACCAAAGUCAUCAUGUUGGCUUAGCUAUGCGAGCUCUAAACUUAGACUCUUUUACCUCC